CAUGGCAGAAGCGCAAACGCACCUCCGUCGUUAUCCACCAAGGCAGCAAAGAUGCCAACGACAACGCCAAUGAAAAUUCUACAUGGCACCUAGAUGCGCUGAUCGAGAGCGAGCUACCAAGACCGACACCCAAAAACCCCGAUCGUCAAGUCAAGAAGAUGCGCAAGGGCGAGAAAUACCGGCCUGAAAGCCCUCAUGAGGGAUUGUCGAAAGAUGUCAUUGGAUCAGUCAAGAAGGGUAGGAGCAAGAAGACGGAAAGUAUGGUUGUGGAUGUGGACGUGGAUGCGCGGGAUGAGUCGCUGGAUACCAUAGUCCAGACCUCUGACGAUGAUGGGCUAAAACCUCCAGCUUUGAAGAAGAAAAGGAGGGGUAAAGAGACGGGCGAUACAUCAGAUCAUGGGGCUGCGGUUGUUAUGCAGGCUGAUAACGGAGGUGUUCGUGCAUCCAGGAAGGGUGUGAAAGACGUGUAUGCCAAACAGAAAGAGAUGCACACGGAGAUCGAGGUUGAGAGUGAUGGUGUGGAUGAGGAUUGGCCGGCGAAAAGUCGUCGGGUGAAGAUUGCUCCGGGAGGUGUAGUGGAGAAUAAGGUCGUUGAAUUGGACACUUCGAAGCCGUCUGCGGUGUUCAAGCCAAAAAAGGGAAGACCGUGGACGUUGAGUAUUGCGGUGCCAGGAAGCUUUAUUGCUAAUGUACUGAACUUCGACCAAAAGAACUCGCUCGCCGGCCGCAUCGCCCGCGCCGCAGCCGUCUUCUGCGUCGACGAAAUCAUAGUCUUCGACGACGACCCCAGCACACUACCGAGCCAAAAGCUCGCACAAAAGAAACACCGUAACAAGUCCAAACCCGAAAUCCUAGCCGAAGUCCUUCCUGACCAAGAGCCUUGGGACAAUCCCGACCAGUUCUUGUUCCAUCUACUAAGUUACAUGGAGUGCCCGCCGCAUUUACGGCGACGGUUGUUUCCCCAACAUGCGAAUCUGAGGGGUGCUGGGUCGCUGCCGAGUCUGGAUAUGCCGCAUCAUCAUCGGCCAGAUGAAUGGUGCGAGUACCGAGAAGGCGUGACUAUACAGGCGCAUGAAGCCGAGGAGUUAGCAAGCCGCCAUUCCGCGAGCGUGAGCGAGUACGCAUCACCAGCACGACCGGCCAAGCUCCACAAAAAACCACCUCCAAAGAAAAAGCCCGCCAAAGAUCAGGAGUUCAGCUUCGUCGACUGCGGCCUCGGCCUGCCCCUCAAAUUACCGUACACUAUCCCGCCAAACAACCGCGUCACGCUCAAAUUCUCAAAUCCCGAUCCACCACCUGGCUGGCCACACCUCACUCAGGAGACCGUCGAUGGUCUGGAGUUCGAUUAUACGCUGCCGUCGGUGCCGCGUGAAGAAGCAGGUUACUAUUGGGGAUAUACAGCACGUCGUGCAGAAUCACUCUCCGCUGUCUACACCGAAUGUCCAUUUGAUUCCGGUUAUGAUUUCAGUAUUGGGACGUCGGAGCGUGGUGUUCCUCUUUCUUCAAUAAUACCAAAACCCCACCCCUCCUCCUCCUCUCCCACCUCCAGUUCAAAAUCUAAGUUCAAUCCCGAAGAAUCCUCCGCCCACACUACCUCUCUUCCCUCCCAAUUCCAGCAUCUGCUACUCGUCUUCGGCGGCGUCCACGGUCUAGAACCCGCCGUUGCUAAUGAUCCGGUGUUAAAGAUGAAAGGUUUAACUAAGGAGACGGCGAAUGAGGCAUUUGAUGCCUGGGUUGAUCUUGUGCCUGGGCAGGGCAGUCGGACGAUUAGGACUGAGGAGGCGGUUUUGUUGGGGUUGAUGGGAAUUAGGGGGUAUGUUGAAAGGAUAGAUAUUUGAGAGUGCGGGGAGGAGGG